CACAAACACAUGUCGUGUUGGGUAAGCGCGAUGGCGCACACUAGUGCAGUAACUGCGUGAAACUCCUAAUGAAUCAUGUGAAUUAAUUAGUAUCUUUGGACUGUAUUGAUGACAUUGGGGGUUUUUUUUCGGGGUUACAUAGUCUUUGCUGUUUGCGUCAUUUCGAAAUUCAGUUGUAAUGAUAACUGAUAAAGGUAAAUGGAAUAAACCCUGUUUAUAUGUUCAGAUCUAUUAGGAACAAGUAGGUGUCUUGGCACAUGGCAGUCACCCAGUAAAGAGUGAGGUUAACGGAGUUUGUACGUCUAGAUUGCUCGGAACUUUCUCUACAUCGCAGGCUUAGAGAUGAGCUCUCAAAAAAGUUCUUCAGUCCCAAAGGGGAACAUUACACCUGUCCAGCAAAUGAUUGCGUCUUGCUCUGGGGCAAUUAUUACAUCCCUGUUUGUGACGCCUCUGGAUGUGGUGAAGAUCAGACUGCAGGCACAAAGGAGUCCUUUUCCCAAAGGAAAAUGUUUUGUGUACUGUAAUGGUCUGAUGGAUCAUAUAUGCGUCUGUGAGAAUGGCAAUUCAAAGGCAUGGUACAAAGCACCUGGUCUUUUCUCUGGCACUUUGGACGCCUUUAUUAAGAUUAUACGUAUGGAAGGAAUCAGAUCUCUAUGGAGCGGUCUUCCUCCAACACUAGUGAUGGCAGUGCCUGCAACUGUCAUCUAUUUCACAUGUUAUGAUCAGCUAUGUGCUGUUCUCAAGCUCAGGAUGGGUGACCAAUCAGAUUAUGCACCGCUAUUGGCCGGUGCCAUCGCGAGAGUGGGGUCGGUUACAGUAAUCAGCCCCCUGGAGCUGAUCCGCACUAAAAUGCAGUCUGAGAAGCAGUCGUACCGGGAGCUGAGCGCCGUGAUCCGGUCAGCGCUGCACAACGAGGGCUGGCUGUCUCUGUGGAGGGGUUGGGGACCCACACUGCUGCGAGACGUCCCAUUCUCAGCUAUGUACUGGUUUAACUAUGAGAAGGGUAAAGCCUGGCUCUGUCAAUACUACAACUCUACAGAUCCAACCUUUGCCAUCACAUUCACAGCUGGAGCGCUGUCUGGAUCGUUUGCAUCAAUCAUCACACUGCCGUUUGAUGUGGUCAAGACAAAACGACAGGUAGAACUGGGUGAACUGCAGACAAUGAAAUUGUCCACACAAGUCUCAUCCAGCACAUAUUAUGUGAUGAAAAGGAUAGUUGCUGAAAAUGGAGUAUCAGGACUAUUUGCAGGUUUUCUGCCAAGGCUGAUUAAAGUGGCUCCGGCCUGUGCUAUAAUGAUCAGCACAUAUGAGUUCGGAAAAGCUUUUUUCCGCAGUUACAACCAGAAGAAACAUAGGGUGACACAACUACAGCCCAGCACGUGAUCUCAAACACCAAACCACUGAUUUAAGAACACUUGAAUUAACCACAGAUUACUCCACAAAUUUUCCCAACAUGCAAUCACUCUUCCUGUCUGUCUUAAAGAGAGAUUAGCUCAUAGAGUUGCUGUGAAAUAAAUCAGUAUUUACUUUCUCUAGUAAAUAUUUAAAAGUAACAGAGCAUCUUCCAUGUAGGAUAAAUAAUAAAAGUAUAGUAUAAGUAUAGUUUGACACCAAAUGUGUUCCCAUCAGAUGUGAUUAUCCUUGUAAUUUGUUUUCUACCUGUUCAGGCUUGUUGACUUUUAAUUGUUAGUUAAAUGUUUCAGUCAUGCAUUUUCGAGGUUUGUGUUAAAUGAAGUCAGAAUGUGCAAAUGGUGCCAAAAAUGAGACUGAUGAGGGGAUUGAAAUUUUUCUGUUCUUAAAUAAUUUUUAAUUGUUGAUUAAUAUAUUUCUUGACCCAAUGCCUAACAAUUAAGUGUAAAUACUCACAGCUUUUUAAACUUUUUAAAUUGCACUGUAUGUCCUAUGCUUUUUAAGUGCUUCAAUAAUGAAGAAUGAUUUAAAAUUUG